AUGAUCCCGAGGUUGGAGAGGGCGGUGGCUGUGGACAGACUGGAGAACGUCACCCACACCGUGUCCCGCAUUCUUGACGGCUACGAUAUACGUCUGCGACCGAACUUCGGAGGCGAUCCGCUCUACGUCGGCAUGGAUCUGACAAUCGCCAGCUUCGAUGCCAUUUCAGAGGUCAAUAUGGAUUACACAAUAACACUAUAUCUGAACCAGUAUUGGAAGGACGAGCGGCUCGCGUUCGGUCUGGCAGAUGAAGUGCUGACCUUGUCCGGAGACUUCGCUGAUAAGAUCUGGGUGCCCGACACUUUCUUUGCUAACGAUAAAAAUAGUUUCCUGCACGAUGUGACGGAACGCAACAAGCUGGUGAGGCUAUGCGGCGAAGGCGGUAUUACGUACGGCAUGCGGUUCACCGCGACGCUGGCCUGCAUGAUGGACCUACACUACUACCCCCUCGACAGCCAGAACUGCACCGUCGAGAUUGAAAGCUGUGGCUACACGGUGUCGGACGUGGUUAUGUACUGGAAGGAGACGCCGGUGCGCGGCGUGGAGGACGCGGAGUUACCGCAGUUCUCUAUCCUCGGAUAUGAAACUAACGAUAGAAAGGAAAAGUUGGCAACGGGCGUGUAUCAACGCUUGUCGCUAAGUUUCAAGCUCCGCAGGAAUAUUGGCUACUUCGUGUUUCAAACUUACUUACCAAGCAUACUGAUAGUGAUGCUGUCGUGGGUCUCCUUCUGGAUCAAUCAUGAGGCUACGUCGGCAAGAGUAGCAUUAGGUAUAACAACGGUACUAACAAUGACAACGAUAAGCACGGGUGUGCGCAGCAGCUUGCCGCGCAUCUCGUACGUGAAGGCCAUCGACAUAUACCUGGUGAUGUGCUUCGUGUUCGUGUUCGCCGCGCUGCUGGAGUACGCCGCCGUCAACUACACGUACUGGGGCGCGCGCGCCCGGAAACGUGCCAAGCUAAAGAACCGUGAACAAAUGUCCACCAGCACGAGUGUGGAGAAAGAUAUCAAAUGCUCCAGUGCACCACUGGCCGGUGCGCCGCCCUCGCUGCGUCUGCAACGCGACCACACCAACCUGCGCUACCGCACACGUCCGCACUCCAGGAAUUCCAGGAAUGGAGCAACUGGCAAGCCGAAGGUGAUCCACGCGCUGCGUCGUGGGGCAACCGUCAUCAAAGCCUCCAUGCCGAAGAUCCGAGACGUCAACGUCAUUGACACUUACUCUAGAGUCAUCUUUCCCAUCUGCUUCCUUAUAUUUAACACUGUCUACUGGGUAUUUUAUAUCUUCGAUUAAUUAAUUUUCCUUUUUUAAUUUAAUGUGAGU